AUGUCCUUCGGUAUCCAGUAUUGGUGUUUUAUCGAAUGGGCUACUGUGUACUCUUCAUGUUGCCAAAUAACUCUCCUCCCUGCGAUUGCACACUUAACAAUCCAAAACAAUAUCACCCCGACCCUUCGUCAGGAAUUUGACCUUCCAGUCGUGAGUGUCCGUGAUCUCGCUUUGCAUAAAUUUUUCACCCAACAUCUCACAGCAAUGACCUCAUCCAGGAGGUCACGAUCAUGCUCACCUGGAGUCACAAUGGGAGGGUCAUCAGCGCUGCAACCUCCGUCAAUAUCAAUACGAGUGGCUCUCAUCUACUCCGAAGUCACUAGCACCAACACAAGCUAUGAUGCAGAACAGCGAGAAAACAAUCUUGACAGAAGCCAACAAUGUCUAUCAUUUCUCUGCUCCUCAGGCAGGAACCUCUGGCAUCAUGCAGGCCCAGAGCCACACUGGGACUAUCUAAGAAAUAGCAGUCGGUUUGUGAUCAUCAUUGUCUCCUCUUCGAUCACUUACCCUGAUGCAGAGCCUCGGGGCGGGGAUACCUAUGAGCUGUUCCUUUUAGAUGACUGGUCCAUGAAGGCAAUGUGUCACGCCGAACCUGCUGAUCACUUCACUGCCGCUGUCAACUUCAGUGCUCUCUCAUCGAAAUUCAUUCAAGAAACAUACAAGGACUUGACUGUGGUGAAAUGGACGACAUCAAUAAAUACCUUCGUCAAGGUGGCUCAUGAAUAA